UGGCUAAAGUUACAAAAAUAUCCGGAGGUAUUCCGUUACUACCGCACGUGUACGUCCUUCUUCCUUCGCUGUCCUUCUCCUUACUCUUCAUAUUUUUACUUUUAAAAGGUCAAUAUGCCCAUCAACACGGCAAAACUAGCCAAGAUCCAGCAACAAAGCGAGAAGGCUCGCCUCGGAGGCAAAGGGACACAGAGAAGAAAGAGGAAGGUUGUUCACAAGACAGCAACUGAUGAUAAGAAGCUACAGAACACAUUAAAGCGUCUCUCGGUUAACUCCAUUCAGGCAGUGGAGGAGGUGAACAUGAUCAAAGAUGACGGAUACGUAAUUCAUUUUGUCAAUCCUAAAGUGCAAGCUUCUCUGGCUGCUAAUACAUUUGCCAUCACUGGAAACUGUGAGCAGAAAUCAUUGACUGAACUGCUGCCUGGCAUUUUUAACCAACUGGUUAGUAGUACAUGUUAUCAUUAUUUAUUUAUCUAU